CCAUGCUGCUUCUGGACGGAGCGCUAGGGACCGAACUUGAGAAGCGCGGCGUCGACGUCUCGGGUUGCCUGUGGUCCGGCCGCGCAGUACUGGACUCCGCAGACACGGUCAGGGCGAUUCAUCUCGACUACAUGCGGAGCGGUGCCAAUAUUGUGUUAACGGCAACAUAUCAGCUGUGCGACGCCAACAUUGAGCAAAACCACCAGGACCCACAUGCGGUGUACACACAAGCUGUAGGCCUCUGUGCACAGGCACGACGCGAGUACGAGGGCGAUGCCGGCGUCAAGAUCGCCGGCUCGAUAGGGCCUUACGGUGCGUAUCUUGCUGACGGGUCCGAAUACACGGGGAACUACGGCUCUGUUACCGACGCACAGUUGCGCGCGUUCCACGAAGGUCGCUUUCGUUUUCUUGCCCAAUCGUCCGACGUGGAUGUUCUGGCGCUUGAAACCAUUCCGUCAUUCCAGGAAAUAAGGGUUCUGGCGGAGCUGGCCAGCACACAAGAAAAACCGUGGUAUCUGAGUCUCAGCGUGCGCGAGACGGCGCUCGUUGACGGCACGCCGCUCGCCCACGUCGUCAGCUGGCUAGACAGCCAUUACGACCGCAAUCUCGUCGCCGUCGGUGUCAACUGCUGCGGUGUAAGGGUGGCUUUGCCAGUGGUGGAAGAGCUCGACCGUCAGCUCUCGAACUCGCAGAACCUGCGAAACGCGCGAAUCGUGCUGUAUCCGAACUCCGGCGAGGUGUACGACGACACGACAAAGACAUGGUCGGGCGAGCCGAGCCAUUUUGUCGAGGCCGUGAAGCAGUGUCUGCAGUACAAGCGCGUGGGCAUUGUGGGCGGGUGCUGUCGCACGGGGCCAGCCGACAUCCGCCAGCUGCGGACGCUCAUUGACGAGUCGGACUCGCACUAAAUGCAUUUGUGUCUAAUGAACAAAUAUUGACGUGUUUUAUCUUUUAUAUACCUAGAGCUCAUCUUUGAGGCCGGCUGUCUGCGGCAGCUCUUCUGGAUAGAUUCUGCAGUCGAAGUCCCAGUUGAGCAUCCUGGCCGCCUCGCAGGCCGACUUGGUCCAUGAGGAGCCGUACACGAUCGGCGAUCUCUUCACAAACAUAUGGGCAGCGGCUGCAAAGACAGCAAGGAACAGCACGAUAGCCACGGAUUUUCUCUUUUUCAACACGGCAGAGUAGAUCACCUCAAACGACUGGCCCAAGGUCAAAAUGCCAAAGUAUAGGGCAGGCAGAUAAUGGUGCAAAAACAGUUGUCUGUCCAUGAGGAACGAAGGAUAGUAGUGGAUGAACCAGCCCAGAAGAAAUUGCAAUGUGUUGAGAGAGUAGUUGAAAACAACAGAGCUUUCUGGAAGCGGGUAGCCCAGCUGCCAUCUCAGCACGUGGUAGACGACGAAAAGGCCGAAGGGAACAAACAAAAACGACGACAGCCACCAAACAAUAGGGUUUCCAAGCAAGUACACCUGUCUGUCGCCCUGUUUCCAGUACGAGAUGCCGCGCUGCAAAAAUGGCCAUGACUCCGGUCUCGACUCGAACGCAUGGGGUGCCUUAAGCCCCCUGUUGAUCUUCCACAUUCUGCUGUGCAGCUCUGCCAUUUUUUGCAGGAAAGACAGCUCCUUGUAGGAAACCUUCUCUGCAGUCGCUGGGUCCAGGAACCGGUUCUCGUUCUGCUCAAUGUACCAGUACGAGAGCGGCUUGAUUCCCUGGCCUGCGCACGUGACCUCCUGUUGUUCGAAGCCCCAUUUAGGCAGCUUGGUCUCGUGCGAGAACAGAUAGCAGCCAGUCAUGGCGUGUCUGAGCCUGAAAAUGGUGUCUAUGGCCUUGACCGUCUCCUGCGCUUUUCCCGGAACAGACUUGUCUUUAACGAUCUCGACAAUAAAGUCGUCGUUCGGGUCGCCUUCAAAGCCCUCGUACCCGUAGCACGAGGCCUCGUUUUGCCAAUCAAUCUCAGAAACAGAUGGUCGGAUAUCGUGAGAGUGCAGUCUUCUGUGUGUCAACAAAUGCUUCAGUCUGAUCUUGGUUCCGUCGGUCAGCGGCUCGAAAGCUGUUGGCUCCUCGGUAGCAUUGUACAGCUCAACAAGCCACUUGUUGUUGUCGUCAAGGUGUGGGUACAGCGUGAUCUGCUGUUGCCCAGAGCCUCCUUCGUACAGAUGGUUGUGGGAGUGUAGGUAUCCGCCAUUGGUAUUCACGUGUCUCAAGGUGACGACAGAGCCGAUACCAACGUCUGCGAGAGUGGUUUUGGGAACAGUAGUGUCUUUGAACGAAGUUCUGAACGCAGAUGACAGGAACGCAGCCCCGUCACCCUCGUAGGGCAGCAACGAGAGAUGGAUGGCAAAUGAAGCCAGGUAGAUGAUGGCCGGAAGUCCAAGCAGGACCGUUAACUUGGUGACGGUCUGAGAGGCGAUGUUUUUGGCCGACAGUCUGAGGUCUCCGACCGCGAACCAGAGCUUGAUCGCACAGCAGACGCCCACCCACGCAACAGUAAAGAAGCCGACCCAUUUGGAGGACGAGGCAAGGCCCAGACCGACGCCGGUCAGCACCAAAGAUUUCCACCAGUUGAGAGUGAAUGGAGUUUCAAUGUUGAGCUUGGAGCUGGCGUAGGUGGCGGCGGCAAUGAAGAAGAGCAGCGGCGAGUCGAGCAGAAUAAAACGCGAGAUGGUGGCAUUCGCACUCUCGAGCACCAGCAACGACGACGUCAGGAAGGAAACCAGUGGCUUGCAGCCGGUGGUCCUGAGAGUCAAGUACAUGAGGACCACGGUGCCGACGCUCAACAAGGCGCUCAUCUGUCUCAUGAGAACAUACGGCACGUCGUCGGGGAACUUGUCGCCGAUUUCGGCAAAUUCAAACUUGCCAUUAAAUCCCCCAAGGGCACCCACCGCCGCAAAUAACAGCUUGGCCAGAGGAGGAUGGACGUCCAUGAAAAAGCGGCCCAGAAUGUAUUUUCUCGCGAAUCCGCCAAAAUGCACCUCGUCGAACACCACCGAGUCGGGGAAAUCGAGGCUGCGGAGCCGAAUCACGGCGCUGAACAGCGCCAACAGCACAACGAGCCCCAUCUCCUUACCCGAGGAAACACGGCGAUUGGCCAUUGUCUGCGGCCCCAGCGUUGUCGAUAUGUAUCUGCGGACCGGACCGGGUUGUAAAGGAAGUUCUGUAGUGGAGUCCGUCGUAGACGGAGCCAGCUUGACGGGUUUCUUUGCCAUGAUGAAAACAAGACACGAAAAAAAUAGCGACGAGCUUUUAAAGAAAAAUAUUCAUUUUUUAUUUUUUUUUGACGUCUAAUAUGCGUUAUUAGCGAGCUAUGUUUUUCUUCUCUUUCCGACCCCCUUCAGCACAUCCACCUUCUUGCCUCUUUUCUUGCCACGGCUCUUCCUCACUUUGUUGAACGGCACAAACCCAACCUUCUUCUCCUCGGGCCGCGCCCCCUCUGGUAGCAGGUACGUAGGCACUCUUUUCAGAUGCGCGUCCGUACGCACGCUGGCCAGGUCUUUGUCGUGGCGCAAAGUGACCAGGUCCUGCGGGUUCUCUUCAAAAUGGCGUUUCAGCUUCUCAGAGGCCAUCAGCUCCUGCUUAAUCUCCCGUAGUCGGGCGUCUCGCACGGCCGCACGGGUCACAGACCGGAACGAGUCCUCCAUCCGGUACCGGAACGCCUCCACCUGCUUCAUAUUAAAUUGGUACGGCUUGAGCUCGUACCCGAGCUUGCUCUGCGACCGCUCGAUUCUGGCCAAGACCUUCUCGUCCUUCUUUGCACUGGCUAGACUCGAGGCCUUAUGUUUUCCCCAUUCCUUGGCUGCCACCACAAACGACAGAGCCAUGCCACUUUUGCCGCCUCGGGCCGUCCGUCCAACACGGUGCACAUAAGUCUUGGACGAGACAGGAAGAUCGAAGUUCAGCACACAUGCCACAUUCUUAAAAUCAACACCACGCGAGACACCAAAGUCGUUUGACUGGCCCUCCUGGUUGGCCUCAUCGGUGGCAAUUAGCAGAUGGUAGACGUUUUUGUUGAACUCCUCCACAAUGUGCAACCGAGAGUUCACUGGAAGCUCAGAGUUCAGCAAGCACGACUUGAUUCCGAAGUUCUGCAGAAAAAGUUUGAGCUUGUAUCCCCUGUCGAGCUCGUUCACAAACAGCAGGAUUUUUCCUUUGAUUAGGCCCAGCUUCAAUAUCACGUAGAUCAGCAGGAACUUGUCGAACUCGCUAGUCUUGAUGUAGUACUGCACAAGCUUCUUCUUGUCGCUGUCGACGUCUUCCAACUUCAGAACAGCAGGUUUAUUACAGAACUUCGUCUUGAGCUCCGUCACCUCCUCGUUCAACGUGGCACUCAUGAGAAAAGUCUGCGUGUUUGUCUUGGUGCUUAAAUAUUCUCCUAGUUUGUCCAAAUCGUCCUUGUACCCAUAGCUGACCAUCAGAUCAACCUCGUCUAUCACCAAAAAUCGCAGAUUCGUCAACUGCAUGCUCUUAUUUUUCUCCAAGACUGAUAUUAAUCUCGCAGGAGUGCUCACAUAUAUUUCUCUAUUCUCGUUGAGCAGCUGCAACUGCACUUGUUCGCUCACGUUGUCAUUCAGAUUCAGCACACGUGCAGACCUGCCGCAAAACACCGUCAACUGGCCCAGAAAGUCGGCCACCUGCUUGCUCAAUUCCUUGGUUGGGACCAAAACAAGUGCUUUCACACCCUCUGAGUCACUUCCUGACGUCAAAAUAGAAUGCACAAUCGGUAUACAGUAUGCUGCAGUUUUGCCAGAGCCUGUAGAUGCCCUGGCUAUGAUAUCCUUGCGUUCCUCGAGAGACAGUUUGAUUGUCUGUGUUUGGAUCAGCGUCGGGUGCUCGAACCCAAGCUUGUUUAUGGCCUGAAUUAGACGCGCAUCUAAAUCAAAGGACUC